AUGGAGCAUGUUGAGGUAGACGUCAGCUGGAUGACCCAUGGGAAUCCAAAAGAUAAAGCUGCAAGAAAUGCAACCGGCCGUGCAAGAUCACUCUCCAGCUCAGCACGCGAAUCUCCAACCGCGACCUCUGGCCUGAGCACAUCGCCGACGUUAGCGACAGUCAACAGUAACCCGAACCUGCGGGCAGACCCAAUACAACAAAAUCCCCUGACCCGAUCGAACUCGGCGAGGUCCGCCGCCGAGGAGAAACGACAGCCCUCCGGGACCUCCUCCCCCCAACGGCGGAACUCAUGGUUCUCGAACAUCUCGUCCAAGUUCUCGUCUAGCGGCAACGCUGCGCAAAGUAGCCCCCCACAAACGAACAAUGUUUCCCCAAGCGCCACCGAGUUCUCCGUACCAAAAAUCAUCCCAGCCAAAAAUGCCGUCCUCCAACCCGGCGCGCGGCCAGAAGGCGAGGGUCCAUACACACCCGCCCCACCUAAAUCGUCGCAAACCGGGCUACUACAGGUAUUCCGGCGGUUAUCAACGUCCUCCAACGGCGCGCUCGGCCCGAGCUCGAAAUCACACAACCACGGGCUGGUCGAGCGCCGCGUGUUGAACGUCGACGCCAACCGAGAGCGAUGCGCCAUCAACGGGCUCAACCAGGCCAAGCUCCGGAGGGUGGCCUUUUGCGUUGAUGUGGAGAUUGCGCCCAUGCCCAGGUACGCAGACGAGAUGGGGGACCAAAAACCGGCCAAGAUUAAGGAACAAAAGAGGAAGGUUAAGGAGCGGGGCGAGGGCGAGGCGUUGAAGCACCCGAAGGCGGUCGAGGACCAGAAAGAGGCCAAUGGCGAGAUCAGGGCGACCGGGGAAGAGGUACCCAAGGAACCGCCAAAAGAGGGUGUCAAGCCCGACAGCCCGCCACCGCUGACUACAGAGAACAUACCCGAGAAACCGCCCGCUUCGACGGACAAGAAGAAGGAAAAGAAGAAGAAGAGCGAGGAAGAGAGGAAAGCGAGAAAGGAAAAGAGGCGGAAACAGGCGGAGGCCAAUGGCACCAUCCCCAUGGAACUACACUACGAUAGCGACUCGUCCUCCAGCAGCUCGGGCUUCCACCCAGGCACAGGCACCGACACGCCCAGGACGCAGAACGUGCCUACCACAAACCCAGUCCGGAUAUACCGCCGGUGCUGCCAGCUCCGAGAGACGCCGAUUCUGCGCAAGAUCACGGAGCAGCUCAUGGACCCGGCCAACUGCUCGACGGAAGCGGGCAUGGUCGAGAAGCUCGAUCUCAGCGGGUACUGGAUGCAGCUCACCGAUCUCAUUACCCUUGGCGACUACCUCGCCGUCGUGCCGGUACGGGAGGUGGUGCUGGAGAACUGUGGUCUCACGGAUGAGGGUCUGCGUGUGCUACUUGCCGGCCUACUCGCGGCGCGGAAACCCAGGACCAGGCGGCGCAAGUCUUUCAGCGGUCUCGACCAGCCGGCCGACACGAAACAGGGCGGCGUGGUGGAGAGGCUAGUUCUGAAAAAUAAUAAGAUCGGCCCUGAGGGGUGGAAGCAUGUCUGCUUGUUUAUCUACCUCUGUCGGACGCUCAAGAGCCUGGAUUUGUCUGGGAUACAGUUCCCUCGGCAGCUCACGCCGGUGAGCGUGAACGGCAAUGGCGCAGUGCCGGCCGGGCUCCAAACACAGAGUCUGUUGUGUCGGCUUCUAUCCAAGUCACUCGGGGAACGGCUCGGCGGAUCGACUCUCAGCCUACUCGGUCUCGGUCAGACGGGCAUCAGCAUGGAGCAACUAGGGCUCAUCAUCGAUGGGCUCGUCCGGUGUGGCGUCAAGCGCCUCGGACUGGCUAACAACGACAUCGACGCCGGCGGACUUGGGCACGUUGCGCGGUUUCUCAAAACAGGGGUGUGCGAAGGGCUGGAUCUGGGCGGGAAUGACCUGCGAGACAACCUGGCGAUACUAGCAGAUGCAUUAGCAACAAAGGACUGUCCGCUGUGGGCGCUGAGUCUGGCGGACUGCAACCUAACACCUUCCUCUCUAUGCAAGCUGCUGCCAACUCUAGCAAAGCUGGGGCAGUUCCGGUUUAUCGACCUGUCACACAACCAGGAACUGUUCAACUCGGAUCCCAGCGCCGUCUCGGUUCUGCGGCGCUAUCUGCCCAAGAUGCGCAGCCUCAAGCGCAUCCACCUAGCCGACUGCGCCAUGACCCCCGAGCAGGUCAUCGCCCUAACCGAGAUCAUCCCCGAGAUCCGCGGGCUCGCGCACGUCAGCUUCCUAGAGAACCCGCAACUAGUCGAGCUCGCGACCAACGCCACGUCGGAGGACAAGCAAGAAGAAGCCUGCGCGCUGUUUGCCUCGCUGCUGGCAGCCGCGCGGGUGUCGACCAGCCUCGUGGCCGUCGACAUUGAGGUACCCAGCGAAGAGUCCAGCGACCUCGUCAAGGCGCUCGCGAAGCAGGUCGUGGCGUACUGCCUGCGCAACGUGGAGGUCGCGACGGCGACAGCGGCCGAGGCGCAGGCCGAGGUCCUGGCCAAGUCGGAACCCAAGUACCCCGACGCUUUGCAGCGGCUGGUCGGGCACGACGUGCUCGAGUCGACGGGGCUCGACGCCGACGUGGAUGCUGCGCCGGACGAGGACUACAUGAUUGGCGGGACGGGGGUUGUUCGGGCGCUGGCGUGCUGUUUGAAGAACCGUGGUGAUGAAUCGAGGCGCCAGUCGGGGGAGUUUAUUCGGGAUGUUGAGAAUGGCGUCGUGACACCCCAGCCGGCAAGGGCUGUGCCGAGCGGUGGGAAGGCGAAGGAGACGUCGAAGCACUUGUUGUUGAGUGCUAGGAAGAUUCGGUUGCGGCUGCAGCCUGCGAUUGACAAGGCGCGGGCGACGUCCAGCGAUACCCAUACCUACCACCGCCUCAUGUUCCUUUCCAACACCCUCAACAACAUCAUCAAGCGCUUCGAAGACGAAUUCCCCGACACCCGUGUGACCGACGCAACCGACAGCGCCAUCGACCUCCCCGACAACCCCAACGACGACAACAACAGCAUCAAAUCCGCCUCUUCCUCCAACGCCGACCCCAAAAUCAUCACCAGCACCUUACACGUCACAAACCCCACCGCAGAAGACGACGCAGACCCGGCCUCCCCAACAGCCAUCAAAUCCCCCGCCCUCUCCCGCUCCAACUCCCUCCUCUCCCUCAGCUCCAAAGCCCUCGCCGACGAAGAAGGCCGCGUCCUCCGCGCCGGGCAUAAAUUCCGCGUCGGCGUCGUAGCCGACCAAUCCCCCACCACCUCCUCCUCUACCAACGGCCCCGGCUCCAGUUCCCACCCCACAAACCCACACUCGGACCCAGACCUCCGCGCGGAGCACUACGCCCUCCUCACCUCGGGCGUGGAAAUGGUCGGGAACGACCCCAAGCACGUGCGGAUCCUGCAUGAGAUGCUGGAGGAGUGUGGGGAGGAAUUGAAGGAGGAGGCGGAGGUGAAAGGGGUCGUGGAGGUGUUUACCACGCGCCGGGAGGAGGUGUUGAGACGGUUGAGGGAAGUGGAUCCGGUUUAUUGGGAGCGGUUUGUGGAGAGUCAGGAGAUGGCGAGGGCGAAUGCUGGGUCGGGGGGGAAUGGGAAUGGGAAGGCGGGUGGGGGUAAACUGGAAGGGGGAAGUGAGACGGCUGUGGAGGAUUAG